AUGAUGAUGGAGGACGUCUCGCAGAGCGAGGUCGCCUGGUGGCAGUGGGGCAUCGCCGUCGUGUCCCUGCUGGCCACCGCGGUCUCCGUGAACAUCACCACGUUCAACGUCACCACCCUCACCGAGGCGCAGACGCAGUCCAUGGCUCCCGAGCAGAUGAUGGACAUCGCGGGCCUGCCAGGGUCCCUCUCGGGACGAUGUGCUGCCGACGACGUCGGCGAUGCCUACCCGUCCGAUGGCGGCGGCGACGAUGUCGCCGACGACGCCGCCGUCGCCGCCGCCGUGCAGAAGGUUGACAGGAGUCCAGCCCACGAGAAGCUGCUGCCGCUGCGGAGUGUCGCGCGGCGCGUCGCCGCGGGCAGCUACGGCGUGGAGCUGAGCCCUCCGUACUUCGUGCCCGUGUGGCCCUUCCCGUCCGUGGGCGCCUUCGGCGCCGUGUCCCGCAGGCUGAGCACGGUGCCCAACGAAGAGGCCUCGAUCGGGAUGUCCCUGGCGUCCAGUCUCGCUGGACUCGCCGCUUCCCUGCUCAUCAUCCUAGUCGGCUUCUCGAUGGGGUCCGACGGCGUCGUUAAUCUCAACUAUCAGUUGUUGCCGGCCGCCCUGAAGGUGAUCUUGAGACCGUUCUUAGGUACCGCCUCCUUGACGCAGGCGCCCGACCCGUUCCUGGACCCCGUAGCCGUCACACCUGCGAAAAUCGAAUUCCGUGCUUAUCGGCGGCAUCGUCGGCCUCAUCAUCGUGGGCCUGAAUUUAUUGCCGCUCGGCCGGCUGGAUGGUGGAGUCAUGGUCAAGAGCGUGUUCGGCGACGGGCAACCUGUUCGGGUUCCUCGCGCUCGGCCUCCUCCUGCUCGGCAGCACCGCGCCGACAGAGGCCAGCCUCCUGUGCACCACCUUCGGCUUCUACGCCAUCAUAUUCCAGAACGGGACCGAGAAUCCCCCGCGCGACGGGGUGA